AUGCCGGACUCCUCCGCUUCGCUCUUCGCACUCCUCCUCCUCGCGCGGCCUGUCCUUGGCUCCCCGCCCUUCUUCGAGGCCGCUGCGGCGGCGGCAAUGCAAACAAUCGCGAUGCUCGAGUGCACGGACGACUCGAGUGACUGCGGCGGCUGGGCGGCGGGAGGCGAGUGCAGCAAGAACCCGGGCUUCAUGCACGCAACCUGCCGCAAGGCAUGCGGGCGGUGCGAACUGCAGGCCGACGACGCUCGCCACGCGCUCGAGGUUGUGACGUACGCCGUCCGCAACCAUCACGCCGGAUGCGCGCACGCACAGCAGGGCGGCGCGCGGCUUCCAGAGUGCGAGGGCUCGGCCGAGCGGCUGGCUGCCACCCUGGCGAUUGCUCACGAGGGCGCGACCGGCAGGGCGCUGCAGCGCGUCGUCGAGGCGCUCGCUCGCGAGGUGUCCGCCUCGAGCCCGCCUCCCUCGCGUCCUCUGCCGUGGUCCCCUGCGGCCGAGGCGACGGCGGUGGCGAGCGUCGGCGUCGGCGGCUCCGCGGUGGGCCCCUUCGUCCAGCUGUCGGACGGCGGGCGGAUGCCGAGCGUCGGCGUCGGCACCUGGCUGACGACAGGAUCUGCGUGCUACGAGCUGGUCCGCGCGGCCCUUCGCGCGGGCCUUCGCCACAUCGACACGAGCGAGAACUAUGCCAACCACGGCGAGAUCGGGAGGGCGCUGGCCGAGACGUCGGUCCCGCGCGGCGAGCUUCCUCCCGGCCAAGCCCGCGCGUUUCUGCUUCCGCGUCACAGACGGCUUGUUGAUGCAGGCGAGCUCUUCAUCGCCGACAAGCUCUCCUUCCCGCACUCGUACUCGGCGGGCGGAGCGCGCAAGGUUGCGGCCGAGCCGCUGCGGCUGCUCGGCGAGAGAAGCCCACGACGCGUCCGCGACGCGUCCGUGACGUGUCUGCAGGCGGUGGGCGAGUCGCUGCGGCUGCUCGGCAGGCGCGAGUUGCGCUGCCUCACGCCCGCAGCCGUGGACAGGCACAUCGGCGUCUCCAACUUCGGCACGGCGGAGCUACGCGAGCUCAAGGCCUCCUUCCCCGACGCGCCGCCCGCCACGCUGCAGUCCAAGUUCUCCCCCUACCACCGCGGCCGCACCGGCAACGGCGGCGGCGAGGACUUCCACGCGGCGACUGCGGAGCUCGGCGCAGUGGAGGAUGCGCACGUCCGCGCGAUUGCCGCACGGGCCGGCAAGACGCCGGCGCAGGUCAUCCUCCGCUGGGGCGUCCAGCUCGGCCUGAGCGUGCUCACGCGCUCGCGCGACGAGGCGCGGCUGCGGCAGGCGGCACAGAUCUACGAUUUCGAGCUCAGCGCCGCCGAGAUGGCGCUCGUGUCGGGCCUCGCGUGGUUCAGCCUCUCGCCCACCAACCGCGUGCCCUCUUCGGUCGCCGACGUGUACGGCGUCGAGGUGCGCGACGCAGAGGCGUACAAGCGCGUGCCCCGCGCUGGCACGGCGCCGUACGUGGAGCAGCCCAUCAAGGCGUGUGACAUGGCGUGGGCCAUGCUUGGAGACAGCAGCCGCAAGUCGGAGCUCUGA